CAACUGGCAUGUCUCAGCAAGUCCUUACUACAGUUGAUGAGGACAUGGUAUUUGGAUUUUCUUCCACACAUGCAUGUGAGAACAGAUUAGGUCGCGCAGUUGUACAGAAUAAGGGUCCUACAUAACUGUACUGGUGGCGUUUCAGGGCCCUGUGUUUCAUCCUUGCAUCAAAGAAAUUUCAAUUGGCCGGGAUUCCUGCUAGGCCGACGACUUCUUUAAAAAGGAGGAUCCUGAGGGGGCAUUUUGUGUAGCAAAUUAAAAGAAUUAAAUGGUUUGUUUGAAAGGAGGGAGCUCUCUUCAGUCCAGCCCGAGGCAGCGAAAGGGCUGGUACUUGGCUGCUGACUCGUUGGUUCAAAACCUCAUCACCAUCAUCACAACCAGAGAGAAAUGGGAAGACAUACAAACUUACUGGUGCGGUUUUGAUCCAACGAAGCAGGAGCUACGUUCAUCAGCUAUGGCUGUUGCGUCUUGGACUGAAGGGAGCUCCCUCUCGUAUUAAUUAUUUAUUUAUCCUUCCUUAUCCCCAUGUAUUUGUUUUUCAUCCAUUAAUUGUUCUAUUGUAGGUCGAGGCUUAUUCAAUGGAGUCUUGGAAGACUGCUAGCUGUGAGAUGAGAUAUAUGAGCCAGCAAAAGACAGGAGAAUACACACGUUCGUGCAGAAAAUACAAAGAAAAAGAAAAGAUCCUGUUUUCUACUUCCCUUAUAUUUCUCGAAAUACAGCACUUAGAAUCUCCUUAGUCAUCUCCGUUAGUUGGAAGAACACCACAGCGGCAGAGGUCGGCACACUGAAGGUGAUCAGAGCUAUCAUCCCCAUGGCGACGCCGGGGUGAGUGUUCAUCAACUGCUGACUGCAGAACCCUCGUGAUCUAGCAAAUCAUUGAAUCGUAACUCGUAUAGCACUGUUUCUCCCCAAUCCAUCCAGUCAGCCGGUGGCUCGUAGUUUCUUUCGAUUAUUUUCAGGUCGCGAAUCCUUUUCCUGAGAACGAUUGUGCUUUCGUCCACAAUCCAACGACUAUAGCCUAUCAUUUUCAAUACUAAAAAAAAAUCUCUUAAGCAGGUGAAGGAGUUGUGAUUUUCAUUAAUAAGUUAUCCAAACUUCAAAAAUAGAUUCUUACGGAUCAGACUAGAAAUUGAUUUAUACUAGUGUAGAAUAGUAAAAUUUUACUACAUUUCCUCAUGUUUGAGUUGAUUUAAAAGUUUAUUUUUUGAAUUGUUACAUAUGUAAUUUGAUUUUUUGAUAAAAAAGAAAACAAAGAUGAUAAACAAUUAAUAUUCAA